AUGAAAACCCUCGCUCUUCUCGGCCUGGCCGCCGCGCCCUCGCUUGCCCUAAAUAUCCCCACACAGCAGCUUCUCUCCCCCGGCAACUUAGUGGGCGGCUAUUAUAACCCGCUAGUAUCCAAACCUUCGGUGCAGGAAGCAUGUCCCCAGCCACCAAAGGUGAGCACACCUAAAGACGGCUUGCACUCGUCGCAAAUUUUCCUCUCCGACGAGGCAUUCCGUGCACGCCAGGCAGAGCGACUCUCUCGUGCGGUUCAAAUCCCAACAACAGUGGGUGACUUCGCUACGGACCCGUACGAUGAGGCAUUCGAGCCGGUUGUCAAGUUCCAGGAGCUUCUCGAGGAGUUGUUCCCUCUAGUACACAAGCAUGCCACGGUUGAGCACAUCAAUCGCCUUGGUCUAGUCUUCACCUUUGAGGGUGUUGAUACCACACGCAAGCCGCUCCUCUUCAUGGCGCAUCAGGAUGUUGUCCCAAUUGACGACCCGUCUGACUGGACGCACCCGCCAUUCGCGGGUGUCUUUGACGGCGAGUGGAUCUGGGGCCGUGGCUCAAGCGACUGCAAAAAUGUUCUCAUCGGACUGAUGUCCGUGGUUGAGGACCUACUGUCGCAGGACUGGAAGCCACAGCGCACAGUCUUGUUCGCAUUCGGAUUCGACGAGGAAUCGCAUGGUUUCCUCGGCGCUGGCGCAAUAUCAGCAGCACUGGAGAAGAAGUAUGGUAAGGAUUCCUUCGAGUUUAUUCUCGAUGAGGGUGGCAUGGGACUGCAAAGCCUUGGCGGAGAAUCCGAUUCCAACAGCGAGGUCUUGUAUGCUCUCCCGGCUGUUGGUGAAAAGGGUAGUCUUGACCUGAUCAUUGAUAUCGCUGUUCCCGGUGGCCACAGUUCCAUCCCACCAGCGCACACUGGUAUUGGCAUCAUGGCUGAAAUCAUUUAUAACCUCGAGCAUAAGGAGCUAUUCCCCGCCUGGCUGGAUACCAACCACCCAGCACACGGCAUGCUGCAGUGCCAGGCACGGUAUUCACCUGACCACGUUGAAGCCUGGUUAUCCGACAAGUUGGCAGCAAAUGAUCCCGCCGCUCUUGGCGAGGCCGUGGCUAGUUCUCGCGGUCCCGCUGUCCGUUACACCAUGCAGACCUCACAGGCUGCAGACCUGAUCCACGGUGGUGUCAAGGUAAAUGCUCUCCCGGAGAAGAUCUCGGCUGUCAUGAACUACCGUGUGGCGCUGCAUCAGACACCUGAUGAGCUGCGUGAGCGUGCUGUGCGAAUCAUCAGCCCUAUUGCAGAACAGCACAAUCUUACCCUGCGGGUUGCCUUCCCCGGCGUGGACUCUGCCACGGAGGGAGAUGUGAGCGAUCGCACUCUUACCCUGCACCCUCUCAGUGAACCCCUCUCUCCUGCACCAAUCUCAUCCACAGACCCGCUUACCUCGAAGGUGUGGGCUCAUUUCGCUGGUGUUGCACGCAGUGUAUUCGAGUCUCACUCGAACCCUAUUGCCAAGUCAGAUUCCAGAACUAAGCCAACCGUUGUUGUCACUGGCGAUGUCAUGACUGGCAACACGGACACUCGGUUCUACUGGUCCCUCUCGGAGAACAUUUACCGUUGGAGUCCGUCGCGUGCUGGUGGAACGCUGAACAUCCACACUGUGGACGAACGGAUUCAUCUGGAUGUGCAUUUGGAGGGCAUGAUGCUCUAUUACGAUCUGAUUCGGUCUUUCGAUAAUUGGGAUGAGAGGUCUGAGUAG